AAUAGCUCACAGUGCUGCAUUUCUUUACAUCUCUUAUUGUAGAAAAUGAAGAUGUCAUAUCAAAAGCUCCCAUGACACACAGGUGACAAAAAUAGUUUGUCAACAAGUCAGUGCUCUCCUCUCUAAUUGGCCCAUAAUAAUCUCUGGGACUGAUAAAAGGUGUUCUACAAUCAGAGAGCAACUGUGGUAUAGUCCUUCUUGGCACAUAACAUUUGAAGGAAGAACAAAAAGGUUUUAGACUGCAAAAUGAAGCUUCUCCUCACAACAUUUGUAGCCACCAUCUGCUAUGUCAGUGCAGGCAAGAGACAGAGGAUGAUGGCAGCCAUGAAUGGAGGAAUGAUGGGCGGUAUGAAUGGAGGAAUGAUGGGUGGUAUGAACGGAGGAAUGGUAAAUGGAGCAAACCCUGGGAUGAUGGCUGGAGGCCUAAACCCACCCAUGGUAGCUGGUGGUGGAGCAGGUUUCAUCGGGCAGCCCCAGUUUGCGCAGUUUGUUCCUGGAGUUCCUGCUUUUGUACCGGCCCCUGUUCCCAAUGUGUACCCUGUCAAUGCGCUUCCUGUCAUGGGAGUCCCUCAGAUGGCACCAAUGAAUCCUCAGCAGCCUCUGAUGGGGAUUACAGGGGGUGCCGUGCCACAGCAGCUUCCCAUCCAGCCUGAUCCACUCAGAAGAUUCAGGCGUCAGAUUAUGACACAGGGUAACACCAUGAGGACCACUGUGGAUACUCAGAUUCCAGCUCCUACCGACCCAACAACAACCACUCUGUGCGAUGAGGACGAUCAUCAUGAGGAGAAUUAAGAUUCCACUGCACUACACAAUAUGACAAUGUGUGGUUUUGUCACCAAUCACCAAUGACCAUGGAGCUGUGUAUUAUGUUUAAUUUUGAAACUACAGCAUGAUGGUUGACUGUACAUGUUUACUUUCCAAUAAAUUCUACUUAAAGUAA